AUGCAGCAGUUGAUCGUUGGUCGAAGAUAUUACAGAAAGGCUCGACACAAGUUUUUUUUGAAGAAUAGUUCCGCAUCGACUGCUCAUGCAGAUUCGGUGGAGGAUACUGGACCUGGGGCUUUAAAAGUGAUGGACGGUCGGCUUAUGAAAGCAGUCGAAGAUGCUGUGAAGGAAUUAAAGAAAACAGUCUCUUCAUUGUCUGACAAGCUAACUCUUCUAGAAGACGAAGUGAAAAGUCUUAGGUCGAGUGGUGAUAAUCCAUCGGAGGAUAAUAAGGAAUCGAACGAAGAUGAUGAUGUUGAUAAGGCAUCGGAGGAAGAGGAUGGUGGUGAUAAGGAGACUAAGGAGUCAGAGGAAGAAGAUGACGUAAAUAAUUACAUUCGCGAUGUUACAAUUGAAGUGCAGAAGGAACAUGGUGAUGUUGAUGCUAACAUGGAUGAAGAUGCUGCACAGAUGACUGCAGAUGCUGAGAAGCAUGAGAAGGCAGAGGCUGAGAAGGCUGAGAAAGGCAAAGAAGAAAGAAAAAAAAGAGGGCGAGAAUAG